UCCGUCACGAAAUUUCUCGUCGUGACGUCCUUGUAGGCCUUCGGUACCGCAGUUUGAGAUCAGCCGUGUUAUCCUCAUGUAGGCACUAUACUUUCUGCAGCAUCAGUCUAGGACGAUCGAUCUCAGGAUGAUGAGCGGUAAACCCGCUGACGAGGCCGACGCUUACGAGCGCGAGACAGAAAACCGUCGUCGUCUCGUCCAGGAAGCCGACGAAAUGGAACGACGCGAACAAGAACAGGCCGACAGACGUCGCCGUGAAGGCUACCCUCCUGGGCCUCCUCAUCAUAGCAAUGCCGGCUCGAUCCCAAUACACCAGCCCGUCGCGUCUCGCGCGAUGGGCGCAAUUCACAGCCCUGGCGGCCUUCUCGCAAACCACGGCUCAGGAUCUUCUGGGCCCCCAAUGCCUCUUGGUGCUCCGUCAGGACCUGGCGCCAACUUUGGCGGUCCCCUUCAGCCCGAUAACAAUAGACCUCCGCAGCACGGCGGACCGAGCAACCCGAAUGCCCAGCACCAGAUGUUCGCACCGAUCCCGCACACGACCGUCCCUCCUAGCAGUUCCCUCGGUGCUGCCAGCGGUGGGCCUCCUGUAUUCGGAGGCCCCUUACAGCAGCGCGAUGCCCAACAACCGAUGCAACAAGGAUUAUACGGUGGCGGUGGUGCGAACAGCGGCAGCGCUGCCACUGGUGCUGCUGUUGGCCAGGGUCAGACGCAACAGCAAGGGCAGGGCGGCAUUGCCCAUGGCCAACAGCCUAUUUUGAAUGAUGCCUUGACGUAUCUAGACCAGGUCAAGGUACAAUUUCACGACCAGCCCGACGUGUACAAUCGCUUCCUCGAUAUCAUGAAGGACUUCAAAAGCCAAGCGAUCGAUACUCCCGGGGUUAUCAACCGCGUCUCGGAGCUUUUCGCUGGCCACCCCAAUCUGAUCCAAGGCUUCAACACCUUCUUGCCCCCGGGAUACCGAAUUGAAUGCGGAGCUGGUAACGAUCCCAACACCAUCAGGGUCACAACGCCGAUGGGUACCACCGUUCAAUCCAUUGCGGGUCGAGGCACGCAAGUCGAGGGUCACGCGCAUCCCAGCGGUGCCUCGCAGCCGCUUUUCCCUCAGCGCGGAAACAACUGGCCGCAGCAGCCGCCGCCGCCGCCGCCGCAGCAGCCCCAACAUAGCAUCGAGAGCCCCGAAGCCAACUUCAGCACGCCUGUGCAAAACGGUCCUGGGUCUUUUGGCCCUGCGGCCCAGAAUCUAGCGGCGGCUUUCGAGGCACAAGGCGUGGCUCAACAGCGUGGCCCUCCUUUGCAGGGUGCUGCUCACGCGAAUAACGCACAGCAGCCGCCUCGCAACGCGCACACCCCUCCGGUCGGGGGACCCGCUAACAUGAAUGGUACUACCAACCAACAGCAACAGGCAAAUUUGGAACGCCGCGGACCGGUUGAGUUCAACCAUGCUAUCAGCUACGUGAAUAAAAUCAAGAACCGCUUUCAGGAUAAGCCUGAGAUUUACAAACAAUUCCUUGAAAUUCUCCAGACUUAUCAGCGUGAACAAAAACCCAUACAGGACGUUUACGCUCAAGUUACGACACUGUUUCAUACCGCACCUGAUUUGCUUGAAGACUUCAAGCAGUUCUUGCCCGAGUCUGCUGGACAGGGGAAGGGAACACCCGGACGACCCAGUGACGAGCUCCCUCCCGGCCCUGGUCCGAACCAGACCCCUCAGCCCAGUAUGAGCGGCCAGAAGAUGCCCCCCCUGGGCAGCUUCGCGCCCCCUAGUGCUUCGAAAGAGAACAACAAGAAGCGGCCUCGGACAGACAAGCAAACACCCGUUCCUGUCCCAGCCGUCGUCGAGACCGCGCCCCCAGCUAACAGAGCUGCUCCGGGCGCCCCUUCCACUACCGGCGUGAACAACAAGCGGGCGAAGCUGGCGCACAACAAGACACUUUCUUCCGAUGCUCCUGCGGUUGAGCCAACUUUGACACCAAUCCUGCCGGAGCCCUUGGGACCUCCAGCGUCGUCCACCACAAACUCGGACGAGAUUGCUUUUUUCGAAAAGGUUAAGAAGUACCUCAGCAACAAGACCGCCUUCAACGAGUUUCUCAAGGUCUGCAAUCUUUUUAGUCAGUCAAUCAUCGACCGGAACACGGUGUUCCACAAGGGUAGCGUUUUCUUCGCCGCCAAUCCUGAACUUCUGGGCUUCUGGAAGGCGUUCCUCAAAUACGAACCACACGAGGAUGUCGUCGAUAAUCGACCUGCUCCGCCUAGCGGUAAAGUGUCAUUGAGCAAUUGCCGAGGCUACGGUCCUAGUUAUCGUUUGCUUCCCAAGAGGGAGCGUCUCAAGCCUUGCAGUGGCCGUGACGAACUGUGCAACUCGGUCUUGAAUGAUGACUGGGCCUCCCAUCCAACCUGGGCCUCUGAAGAUUCAGGCUUCGUCGCCCAUCGCAAGAACGGAUUCGAGGAAGGUUUGCACCGCAUCGAGGAAGAACGCCACGAUUAUGACUUCAACAUCGAGGCAAACCUCAAGUGCAUCCAGCUCUUGGAGCCUGUGGCUCAACAGAUCAGCGUGAUGUCGCCACUGGAGAGGGAGCACUUCCAAAUGCCACAAGCUCUAGCUGGGCACAGCACAUCCGUUUUUAAGCGCGUUUGCAAGAAGAUCUACGGUGACAAGGGCCCUGAAGUCGUCAACGACUUGUUUUCGAACCCGCUCAACGUCGUUCCAAUCGUUUUGACCCGCAUGAAGCAGAAGGACGAAGAGUGGCGCUUUUCCCAGCGUGAGUGGGAGAAGGUUUGGCACGCUCAGGUCGAGCACAUGCAUCUCAAGAGUCUUGAUCACAUGGGCAUUCUUGUCAAGCAAAACGACAAGAGGAAUCUAUCAGCCAAGCACCUCGUCGACGUUAUCAAGACAAAGGCUGAGGAACAGAGGCGCCAGCGUAGCUUGAAGGGCAAGGCCCCGCGUCAUCAGUUGGUAUGGGAUUUCUCCGACAAGAAAGUCGUCGUCGAAUUGCUUCGUCUGAUGAUGCUCUACACCGUCAGCAGCGGUCAGCACAGCGUUCCAGAGAAGGAACGCAUUUCCGACUUCUUCGAGACCUUCAUUCCUGCGUUCUUCGAUAUUCCCGAGGAAGAGAUCGACGGGCGGUUACCCAGGCUUCAGGAUGUGUCGGAAGAGGAUGACGCCGAAGAGACCGUCCCCGCCGAGCUUACCAAUGGUCGCAGUCGCCGUGCCGGCAGAAGGGGCGAUCUGCUUCGUGGUGUGCUUGACCCCGGUCGUAACGGUUCCAAGCCCCGAGCGCAAAAAGAGGGAAGCGCAGCAUCUGGCAGCAAAGAGACAACGCCUGAAGUGGGCUCGGCCAACGAAGAGGAGAUGCCCGAUGCCCCCGAAGAUGGCGCUGGUCCCGAAGUGUCGAACGAACGCUGGAUGCCGAUCGUGCCGCAACCCAUUGUCACGACGGGAGACGAUGCACUUCUGACUGCUGAUGGCGAGCUGAAGGCGGACGGGUUCUUCUCUCGGCCUUGGUACAACUUUUUCUGCAACCAGACCAUUUUCGUCUUUUUCAACGUAUUCCAGACGGUUUACACACGUCUCAGAGACGUCAAGGAGAGCAAGGAAAGCGUCCUCGAAGAGAUCAACCGCGUCAACCGACCACGCCCGGCAAAGGAUAUCGGCUUGGCUGACAACACUCUGAGCUACUUCGGCCCGAACGACGACCCCUCGACCUUCUGGCCCAAGACCCUUGAACUGGUCGAGGAAUACAUCACUGGCGAUAUCGAUGAGGUCCGGUAUCAGGAUGUUCUGCGCCACUACUAUCUGAAGAGUGGUUGGAAGUUGUACACCAUCCAGGACCUUCUCAAGACGCUUUGCCGCCUCGCCCUCACCUGCAGCAGCACCGACGCGAAGGAAAAGACUCCGGAUCUCAUUCAGCAGUAUCUACACAGCCGUGAGAAGGAAGAGACAAACUACCAGGCCGAGAUUGCCGCUCGGAAGUAUGCAGAGAAGUGUGUUAAGGACGGGGAGAUGUUUGUCAUCUGUUGGUUCCCGCAGAAGUCGGAGGCUUCAGUCCGCUGGCUGCAACGCGAAGAUACUACGUUCUACAUGGAUGAGAUGAAGGCCAAGGACCGUUGGCAAUACUACAUCUCAUCGUUCAUCCAAGUAGAGCCAACAGAAGGUGUGCCUCGUCACAAGCUUCAGAAAACGGUUCUGGCGCGCAACCUUCCUUCUAGCGACGAAAAGUUUGAAGACAGUCAGAUCCCUAAACCCGUCUCUUUUGAUGAAGAUCUUUCCAUCAGCAUUUGCCUGAACUCUAGCAAGAUGGUAUGGAAGGCCGGCACGUCCGAGUACUUUGUAUACGACAACGUUCCCAAAGACAAGGAGGGCCGCGAGCGACACCUCGAGAGGCUCAAGAAUGCAAGCAACAAGCGCGAUACCAAGCUCCGCGAGAAGUUUGUCUUCAACAGCCCUUGGAUGAAGGGCAUGAGCCAGUCUGAUGUCCAGAAGUCUAAUGAGGGCUGGUCAAAAUGGCUGAAGGAGGGCACAGUGCCCUCUUCUGACGCCGGAGACGCAAUGGACACCGCAGAGUAAAACAGUGCCCUGUAGCGUCCGUUGUUACUGAUUGGCACCUUCUCACCUCUGGGUUCACGCGAUGACGACUGUGGUCUUUGCGAACGAGACGGAGAAAGAAACGGCAAAGACUGAAAAUUCACAUUACGAAGAUACCAGGCGGCAUAGCGGUGCAGAGCGGCAUGACUGCCAUGUUACCCAGAUUUGCAUGGGUUUGUCUCUUGAUACCCCGACCACGCGCGGUAAAAAGUGGGAGGGGCUGGCAUGGGCUGGCGUGGAACGGGUUCGGCGUUGUUUGAUUUCCUAUUUCGAUUUCAACUUUAUUUUGGUGCGACGAGCAGAGAGGAAAUCGGCUAAAGGUCGUCAUCGUCGGGAAGAGGAUUGUGACUCAUCUUAGAAGUGUUGAGUGGGUUGCUUUUGCUCCUAAUCGUUCACGAGUGUUUCCUUUUCGAUUUAUGCAUUCCCUUCUCCGAACUUGAAUUCUGCCAGUGUACAAUAGUUGUAUUUACACAUCAAUGCAAUGUUACAUCGACUA